AGGAGAGGCUUCAUGUAGCAUUUCGAAGAUGCUUGCUUGGUAUGCGAGCUGCUUCAGCUACCUGUUUCCAAAGUCAAUUUUGCGUUUCGUGGAGUCAUUGUGCAAAGAGUUUAGAGCCCACUACGGAGUCAGCUUGUAGGAACUGGAAUGAUUCAGGGACGACAAAGAAGUGUGAGAGCCCGUUGUGAGACCCUCUAGCUUGGCUGUUCUGACUGGGUUUCUUGGAUGUUUGUAUGGAUGUAUUUACUUUAACUGCGUGGAGAAUUAAAGUCCUGGUCUGAUGGAAAAACGAGAGAGAAAGCAGGGAUAUUUCGACAGGCUGAAAAGGAGAAAGCAGCUCAAGUCGAGUCAACCAGAAAAAAGCCCGAAUGAGCAGAGCCGGGCAAUCAUCUCCUCCAGUGAAACCAAUCCCAACAAGAAGACGGAUCUACAGAGAGUAACAUCUAAACCGCCUUCAGGUUUGGGAGAUGGCUGUAAAAGGAACAAAAUGGAGAGGAAACAGCCUCCAGGGACGGUGGAGUUCAUUGUGGGACCUGAUGACUCCAUCAACAGCAUUGCACUUAAGUUCAACAUCACACCAAACAAGCUGGUCCAGCUGAACAAGCUCUUCGCCCGCAGCGUCUACCCUGGCCAGAAGCUGUUCGUCCCCGAUGUGAGCCAGUCAGAAACUGACCCAAAGUCUCCAACUCCUUCUGACGCCUCCUUCACUAAUGGUGUCUCUGCGAAGCCGUUACAUGAUUGCACUCAAAGCUGCACGUCAGCAAAGUCCAUCCGUUGGGUGUUCUCACCAGGUUCUGAGGAUGAGAGCCCGGCAACGGUUAAGUUCAUAAAGAUGAGCUGCAAGUACUUCACUGAUGGCAUGGGCGUCGUUGGGGGCGUGUUAAUUGUGACGCCCAACAACAUCAUGUUCGACCCCCAUAAGUCGGACCCCUUGGUGAUUGAGAACGGCUGCGAGGAGUACGGCCUCAUCUGCCCCAUGGAGGAGGUGGUCUCCGUUGCGCUGUACGACGAUGUGUCGCGCAUGAAGCUCAAAGACGCUUUGCCAUCAGAUCUACCCCAGGAUCUGUGUCCUGUCUACAGGCCUGGCGAGUGGGAGCAGCUGCCAUCGGAGCAGGAGCUGAACCCGUUCAGUCGGUACGAGGCUCUGGUUCCAAAACAACCAAUAGUUUUGGAUGACAUUGAAUCUACACUUUCCGAAAGUGUGAGUAUGGAGGGUGAGCAGACAGAGAAGUCUCCAUCAGAUGAGGGAUUUACCGAGCUGGAGCCUACUGUCAACGGGAGCACUGAGGAGACAGAGGGGACCUCCUCAACAACACUCUGGAGAGACAAUUAUGAACAUGAAGAAACAAGCUGUAUAAGCCAGCAAGAGUCUCAAUACUGUUCAAUGCUCAGUCAAGCUAAAGGGAGUCUGGAUGAAGAGGAGGAAGGUGUUGCUCAGAACAGCUCCAUUGAGGAAGGAGAGUCAGUACAAUCUGCCUUAGAGACUGAGAAACAGGGUAGCUUGCUGAAUAAACCUAUGAGCCUGCAGGUAAUCGAAACCAAAGAUGUAAACUCUGAAGGGCCCGAAGAGCUGCUAAAUAGUCUAGAUGGUAAAACACUCAGGAGGCUGAGUCUUCAGGAGUCUACAGACAUUCAGGGGAGGUCAGGUCUGGGGAGACAAAACCCCGACAGACCAGCAGGUGGCGAUGGAGUCACUGAGGAGGAGAGACAAAAGAAGAACCAGGAAUCAGAGAUGAGUUCCUGGCUGUUGAAGAGGAUACAGGCUCCAAUUGAAGACAUGCUUUUUUCAUCGGAGGAGAAGAGCAAAAAUCCACCCAUGUUCCUGUGCUUCAAGGUUGGGAAGCCAAUGAGGAAGUCCUUUGCCAUCGGCAUGACCUCCAGUCCCACCCCCCCCCUCAAGGGCCGGGAGACACAGCCAGAAUACUGGUUUGCUGUUCCACAGGAGAGGGUGAACGAUCUGUACUCCUUUUUCGUCCAGUGGUCUCCUGAUGUGUACGGGAAGGAAGCCCGUGAGCAGGGCUUUGUUUUGGUGGAGAAAGACGAGCUGGACAUGAUCGACAACUUCUUCAGUGACCCUGCGUCUUGCAGCUGGGAGAUCAUUACCAUUGACGAGGCCAAGCGUAGGCAGAGUUUUAGCAGCUGUGACAGAGACUCCUCACUUGAUGCCCUGCCUAUGCUUAUGGAUACCAGUGAUCUGCUACAAGACACACACAUUGAGAAGCUUUCCUGCCGCCUGCCAGCCCGUGUGCAGGGCUAUCUGUGGAGACAGGCCUACAGCACUGUAAAACAUGGCACCAGUCUGAAGACUCUGUACAGGAACCUGGCAGAUGUGGACAGUCCUGUCCUGCUGGUCAUCAAAGACAUGGAUCACCAAAUAUUUGGAGCUUUUUCAACACAUCCCUUUAGAGUCAGUGAACAUUUUUAUGGCACUGGAGAGACUUUCCUUUAUAGCUUCUGCCCUGAAAUCAAGGUGUACCGCUGGACGGGGGAGAAUUCUUACUUUGUGAAAGGCAACACGGACUCUCUGCAGAUGGGAGGAGGAGGCGGCCAUCUGGGUCUUUGGCUGGAUGGGGAGCUGUAUCGAGGCACCACUACCAAAUGCGCUACCUUCAACAAUCAGCCACUUUCCACCCAGCAGGACUUCAACAUCCACAGUCUGGAGGUGUGGACCUUUGAGUAGCCUCAUCUGCUCAAGCUUCAAAUAUAUCCAUGCAUCUCGAGUCAUUAAAAAAACACUCCCAAGUCUAUUAUGCAUCACUUGGAGGCAGGCCUAGCCCCUUAUGAAUGAUAUGGAGAGUUCUGUGAUACAGAAGCAGAUAGAGAAGUUGAGACAUCUGUGUCCUGCAGGGAGCAUACUGUCGAGUUUACAUCCGGUUCAGUAUACGUCUAUUUAAAGGUGGAAGUUAAAUUUGAUAAAAUGCCCUUGGCUCAUCUGCUGCCUUACAGAUAAAACAGUGGCUCCAGCUUCCUCAGCGAGAAGACCACCUUACCACCAUGAGCUUAGAGAGAGAUGAGAGGGAAGCUGCUUUUUGACUCUGUGGCUGAAACCUAAAAAGGCCAAAAUGCUCACUUUAAUGUUCACAUUAUUCCCCAAAACACCAGAGGAAGGUCCAUGUGGUGAAACAGUCUGAGAACACUAUGGGGUUAUCCUUACAGAAAUAAUAACGUGUUGACAAUACCUGUUUGUUUGGCAAUGUACAAAUUAGUGUACGGAAGACAUUUGGAAUGUUAAUCUUUUUUUAUCGCCACAGUUGGCUUAAAACCCGACCGAAAGUGAAAAUUGCCUGGGUUAAUUCUAGACUCUUCACCAUCAAAUAAUUCAGAUGUUUACAUCAGAACCAGUCACUUCCCCUUUGACAUUUUCUCUUGUGAUGAGUCUGAAAUGGCAUGAAUGAGAUGCAUUUCACUCUCAAAUAAGCAAACAUAAUCCAAAACAACUGCUAGAGCCAGAAAUAAGUUUGCAAUGACCAAAUACUUCACGUUUUGUUAAUGUCCUUGUAUUUUAUAAGAGUAUUUUUUAUUUUUAUAUUCUUUCUUUAACAAGAAAACUGCUCCUUUUUUAGUUUAGUUUUUUUUUUUUUUUUUUUUACAAUACUUCAUCUUUGUUGUUUGGUAAUUUUUAUGUUUGAGUUUUUUGUUGUUUUUUUUUUUGGUCAUUGUUGAGCCAGUUUAACAGGAUGCCACUUUGCACUACAGGAUGCAACCAGUGCUGCUAUUGUGGCCCUCGGUAACGAGCAUUACUUUAAUAUUACUAUUAAAUUGUUACGAAUGUAGUUGAAUCUUUAACCAGAGAAGGGAAGCUGCCUGUCCAAACAUGGCUCGCUCUUUUCGUUGGUUAAAAACUGAUGGAGAAGGGAUCACCUGUCAUUGAACUCUGAUAUGGCACUAACUGAACAAUCAAACCUACUAACACGGAAAUGAAACCUGUUUUUUGUAUUUGAUGCAGGCUUGUAGUGCAUGAAUAUGCAGUACGGCUAAAAUCCAGCACCACUACCUGCCAUGCUCUGUUCACUAAUGCCAGUAAAAUGCUUCGUGUGAAAUUAAGCGUUGUUAUUUCAAGCUGGUUGGUGUUGUAACUGUGAAGGCUCCCCAAGUAUUAUUUCUUGUGAAUCCAAGCUGAUCUGUUUUGUGAUGUCACUAAGAAGCUAUUUAUUUAUUGUGUUGUUAUUGCCACCACAUUUAAACCUAAAUAAAUGUUAAACAUAACACAAAUAUAA